UGGCCGAAAUACUGCGAAGGCCGUUACUUGAGCGCUACCGGUCGCCGACAUGGCUGAGGAAAAAGAUUGCCUGAGGGGAGAUGUAGAGAUGGGCGAGGAGCCGGUGGUGACCAUUACCGGUGGUGCGUACUCUGGGAAGCAGGCGGCGGAGGAGGAGGCGGCGGAGGAGCCGAUGAAGGUGGAAGCGGCGGCGGGGGCUGAUGCCUGCUCUGACGACCUCAGCUGUGGGGAGGCCGACAUCGACCCAAGCCUGCUGGAGCUGGUGGAUGAGGAGAAAUGCCGGAGUAUCCGCAAGCAGUACCGGCAGCUCAUCUAUAACGUCCAGCAGAACCGUGAUGACAUAGUGAACACGGCGAGCGAGUCCUUAACCGAGGCUCUCGAAGAAGCCAAUGUUCUGUUUGAUGCAGUGAGUCGAACGAGAGAAGCGGCCCUCGACGCUCAGUUUCUUGUUUUGGCUUCUGAUUUGGGUAAAGAAAAAGCAAAGCAGCUAAACUCUGACAUGAGCUUUUUUAAUCAAGUGGCAUUUUGUGAUUUUCUGCUUAUAUUUGUGGGUCUAAACUGGAUGGAAGAUGAUGGACGUGAUGCGCUGAGUGACUGUGAUGAUAAUAUAGCUCGCUCUUUUUGGGAGACAGUACAAAAGGAAGCAACGUCGUGGAUGCUGCAAGCUGAAACAUUCCACUUUAUUUUCGGUUCAUUCAAAUCAGAGACUAACGCGCGGAAGCCCCGACUGGAGCACCGGAAAAAAGUUCACAGAAUGGAAGAAAACGGGGAUAUGCCUACAAAGCUGAGGAAGCUGGACCUGAGUAGUAAUCAAGAAGCGACAGAAAAAGAAGUAGAAAGAAUCUUGGGAUUGUUGCAAACGUACUUUCGAAAGUAUCCUGAUACUCCCGUGUCCUAUUUUGAGUUUGUGAUUGACCCAAACUCUUUCUCUCGUACUGUGGAGAAUAUAUUUUAUGUUUCUUUCAUUGUAAGGGAUGGUUUUGCAAGAAUAAGGCUUGACCAAGACAGGCUGCCAAUAUUGGAGCCCAUUAAUAUUAACCAUGUGGGUGAGGGGAAUGAUUCCAGUUCCCAUGGCAGGAAACAAGGAGUUAUAUCUUUGAGUUUACAGGACUGGAAAAAUAUUGUGGCAACUUUUGAAAUUUCAGAGGCCAUGAUCAGAAACUCGUACUAAAGAUUUUUGUUCUUA